UUCCUAAACGGGUUGGUCUAACGCAUUUUGUACGAUCGGGUAAACCGGUUUAUCUGUCGGAUCUUUUCACCUCCAAAAUCUGAACCUCUCCCCGCAAUUUCAAUACCUGAGACAGACUUUUGAUCAAUCAAUCGAGAAAUGCCGGUGAGAGUCGUAGACAACUCUGCACCGUCUCAAGUAUCAGGUGCAAAUUCUGGAAAUACUUCACCCCCAGCCUGCUCACUUUUGAGUGUUGGACAGGCAUUUUCUGGUACACAGAAUGUCUCAAAUCUUCAAAAGGAGGAAGCUUGGAGAGUUAAUGUCCGGAUACAAGGAUGUGACCUUGAACAUGGGUAUCUAUGUGGCACCAUGGAAGCUCUGAAUGUUCCUAUGGCAGACACACCAGUAGUAACUUUCUGGGAAGGAGAGAUUGUUGAUACGAAAAACUAUACUUUCUACACCGGCAAAUGGGAAGCAGCGCCAGAGGAUGAUAUAAGGCAUUGGACGAAGUUUCAAUCUUUUUCACCCCUUCUGAAUCAAGUGGAGGUUGAUGGUGGCAAAUCAUUGGACCUGAGUAACUACCACCACAUAUUUAUGAGAUGGAAAGAGCAAUAUUUUGUGAAUGUUGGAACCGACUGUGGGCUAACCAUAGCAGGCUUCUACUAUGUUUGCUUCUCUUGUAGUGAUGGCUCCAUCAAUGGCUUCUAUUAUGAUCCCAAUAGCAGCCCUUUUCAGAAGCUUGAGCUGAAAUGUACCAACGAGGGAAGAUCAGGUUUUAGUUUUUCAUCGUAUGAGUUACAAUGAAAAAGAAAAAUUGGCAAGUGAUUCUGAUAGCAGCACUGAUUCAACAAUAGUUGUCAAAUCGCGUAUAAUAUUGAGAAUUGUAGAAUACUAAUAACCAUGGAUUCAACUACUGAAAUUAUUUGACUUCCUCGAUUUGCAUAAAAAAUUCUGAGGGAGGACUUGCAAGAGCGCAGGCACUCGAACGAACAUGCAUUUUGAUGACUCUUGGAAAAUUGAUAAAAUGUGCAUGUAUUUGGUUAUGAGAGUGUUAAUUAUGUAUUAGUGCCUAUACCUUAUGAUAUCCCUUUUUCAAUUUUGUUACAGUUUUAAAAAGAAUUAUCAGUUAGGAAUUGCAGGCCAAAGCAGUUAGCAACAUGAUGACGAAUCUCUGCUAGCAGUUUGUUAUACAGUUUCUUGAAAACCGAAGUCGGUUAUUUCCUUCUCAUCAUCUGUCGUCAGUUAAUUAUGCAAAGAGAAAUUUGAGAAAAAGUUUCUUAUGCCUUUAAAU